UCAAUAUUUGCAACAUAUCUAUGACCUCAGACGUGGAAGAAUCCCAUAGUACGUUAAAUCUUUAUCUUGCAGCUUGCACGGUAAAUAUUGGUGCAUUUGCUGUUGGAUGUGCAAUAACUUGGUCAUCGCCUACCAUAUUUAAGUUAAAAAAUGGUGAUUUGAGCGCUAAUGGGUUGUCUAUUACUGAUACUGAAGGUGCAUGGAUUGCAUCAUUGAUUGCUCUAGGUGCAGCCAUUGGACCUUUAAUAGCCAGAUUCUUAGUUGACAGAAUUGGUCGAAAACGCACAAUAUUAUUUGCAAUAUCUUUACUUACUAUUUCAUGGUUAAUUAUUGGAUUGUUUCCGAAAGUUUUACCCAUCUAUUUAGCCAGAGUUUUGGCAGGGAUAUCUGUGGGUUUAGUGUAUACAGUAAAUCCACUUUAUAUAGCAGAAAUAUCAGAGCCAAGAUACAGGAGUUCAUUAGGGACUUUGAUGCAGUUUUUCUUGUGUACUGGUUUUUUAGUUGAAUACGUAGUCGGCCCACACACCACAUAUUCUGGACUGGUAUUGGUAUCUAUAGGUCCGUCGAUACUCUGUCUUUGUUCUUUCAUAUUGAUGCCAGAAACACCACAAUUCCUAUUAAAACAACCAAAUAGUGAAAAAAAAGCAUUGGAAUCAUUAAGUUGGCUACGUGGUCAUCCUAGAGAUGAUAUUGUUAAGAAAGAGCUUAAUGAAUUGAAGAUAUUAUUAGGUGAAAAUGUGAAACAAAAAACAGGGAUAAAAGAACUGUUUGGAAGUAGAGGAAACAUCAAAGCUUUAUUGAUAUCCUGUAUCAUGGUAGGCUUUCAGCAAGUGAGUGGUAUUAAUGUGGUAUUGUUCUACAGUGAAUCAAUAUUCAAAAGUACAGGGUCAAAUAUUUCAUCUAGCACAAGUUCUAUUAUUGUUGGAUCUGUUAUGGUUUUAGCAGCUAGUAUAACUCCACCAUUUACUAAAAUAUAUGGUAUGAAAGUAUUAUUGUAUAUAUCAACAAUAGGAAUGACGAUCACUUUGAGUGCGUUAGGAUUUUACUUUUUUCUACAAAGCUUAGGACAUAACAUGAUAUCACUGAGUUGGUUACCAAUCACUUGUCUAGUGCUCUACAUAAUAACUUAUUGUUUUGGUAUAGGACCUUUACCUUGGGCUAUAAUGGGUGAAAUGUUUCCAGCCAACUUGAAAGCAAUUGCUUCAGCUUUAACAACAAGCUUUUGUUGGAUAUUAGGAUUUAUUCUGACUAAUAGGUUCAUGAUAUUAUGUGAUACCAUUGGACAACAUUUUACAUUUUGGAUUUUUUCUGGUUUUUGUAUACUAGCAUUUUUAUUUUCUAAGUAUUUAUUACCUAACACAGAAGGAAUGACACUACAAGAGAUUCAAGAUAUGUUACAUAGUCGAAUAACUACACAAAAUUGAAUUAAUUUUAAUAAAAAAUUUUAAAUGAUUUCAGUUUAAAUUGUCAGUAUUUAUAGAAAAUUCAUUGGCAUAUAUUAUAUAAAAAAAAUUUAUUUUAAUACAACAGCAUUUUAAAAUUGUACUAAAAAUAAGUUUAAAAAUGAUUUAAAGAUGUCUUAAGACUUAAUCAAAAAUUUGAAGUCAAAACCAGUGAUAUAGCCAAGGGAGUGCUAAAAGGUCUUUAAUUUAGUAAUACUGUCCCUCUUGUAUUCUUAAAUUUAUAUUUAAAAAUUGAUAUUAGAUAUGAAAUCAGUAAUCUUU